UGUGUGUUUCAGUAGUUGUAACAACAUCGGUGUGCGGUGUAAAUGAGCUCGUUUACCGGGCGGUGACAGAGAUGUUUUGGAGCUCAGCAGGUCGGCGGACAUGUGUGGGGCUCCUCCGCUCCUGGUGCCUGACGGCCAGUCCCGAUUAUUUCACAGUCCCCCCACGUUGCUUCUCCGUCUCUGCUUGCGUGAAAUCCACGGUGACUCAAGAUGAUGCGAAGAAGCAGCCGCUGAAGCAGUGGGCUCUGGACGUGAGCCCCUUCAGCACAGUGCGGGCACAUCUGGACUGCAGCAUAUCCGUCAGCCCGCUGGACCCCCACGCCUUCCCCGAGGCCAACCGAGCCUUCGUCACAGUACACGGAGCCGGUGGAGGUCAAGAGGUCAACCUGGAUCUCCUGCACGUCCGGUAUGAUGAGACGAGCAAGGAGCUGCUCAUCUCUGCUGAGCAGGUGAACAGCAAACUCUCGAUUGAUCUGACCGCACCAAUCAAAAGUAAUCUCUUUAUUACCACCAAAGGAAAAGGCAACGUGCAAGUGAAGAAAAUGGAGUGUGAUACCUGCAAGGUGCAGACUGAGAAAGGCAACUGUUUGCUGCAUUCUAUCAGGGGUCAUCAGGUUGAGGUGCAGUCUCGUGGAGGACAUGUUACAGGUGUGGGCACUAUCCAUGGCAAUGUGGACAUCAGCACAUGUGGAGACAGUGCAGUGGAUGUCAAGAAGCUGCAGGGCACCAAGAUGAAUGUUUCAACAGAACACGGCCCGCUGAAGGUCAAAGCCAUAUAUGCAGAGUCCAGCUGUGUCUCCUCAUGCUCUGGCAAACUACAACUGGGUAAUGUGCAUGGUAACGCCACUGUGAAGAACGUAUCAGGAGAUACAGUUAUAGAUGGUUCAAAUAGUUUCCUGAAUGUUUCAUCUCACAGUGGAAGCAUUGAUGUGUACGUGGGAGAUGGUGGCAGUGCUGAUCUCCACAGCCAGGAAGGAGUGGUGUGUGUGCGCGUCCCCUCCUCAUUAAGAGCAGGGGUGGAGCUCAAUGGAAGGUCGGUGGAUGUCAGCCCAGAGGUUGUUCUGCAUGGAGUACAAAACAACAAAACUGAAGGCCAAACCACAGUUACUGGCUACAUGAACACAGAGUCUCCAGUGGACCAGUGGGUUAAAGUUCAGGCAGACAAAGGCUCUGUCCACCUGAAGACUCAAAGCUGGUUUGAGACCUUGAAGCUGGGAGGCUGAAUGACCAUAUUUAUCCUGCAUCACUGAACUGAGGCUUUACUGAUGUCGGAUCCAUCUUUACUUCACUUAACUAUUUAAAAUUCUGAGCUCAGGUUAUUCUAUACUUUUAAAUGAGGAAAUUCUGUAUCAUCUAUAAUAUUUUAAGAAAUAUUCUAUGUUAAUAUUCU